AUGGGUGGGGAGAGAGAGAUUGGAGGUUCGUCGGUGCCUAAAAAAUUGAAGGUGAAAACUGUUGAGGAUCUGAACAGUGUGGAGGAAAUUGUUGAAGAAACUUCAGUAUCUCAACCCAUGGAUGUUAGUAUGGAGUCGAGUUCAGAUCUAAGUAACAAGACAACUGAUCUAGAGGAGCCCAGUGUAAGUGGUGAAGAUCGCAAGAUUGAGAUCAGUAUCGAGAUCACAGACGACCUGAUCUGGUUGAGAGAUCGCGGAAAAUUCAACAGAGACGAAGGACACAAAACAGUCAGAACGCUGAAACGUUGGAACUGGAUUCUGGAAACCAUUCAAGCCCACAAGGUGGUCAGCAAUGUGACCAACAUUCUGACACUCAUCAACGAUCAUGAACGAUCGGAGGGACACAGCGGCCGAAUCGACCGGAAGUCUCUGUUCAGAAUUUUGUACAGGAUGGCUGUGGAUAGGUUGAUAAAAGUUUACAAAGUUUAUUUGAGAUCUGGGGACACUGUGCAGGAGAUGAACUUCUUUUGUAACCCUUCAGUAACCCCUAACGAUCCCAUGAUCACGUUUGCGAUUGAUCUAGCGAAGCUGAAGUUCACAUCCAAAGUUAAACUACAACAUGACAACGCUGCAAAACAGGAGAGUAAAACUGUUGCUAAGGAAGAUGUGGUCUUAAAGAAUAAGUUUGAUUUCAGUGAGGAACACAAGUCAAACCUGGAUGUCCCGAAGUUCAUGAGGAUGAGGUACCUUCACAUGUUCAUGUAUUAUUUAGUGUACGGCUAUGAGGGGGACGUAGAUUUGGACCAGAAGGAAGCAGCUCAACAGAUUAGAGCCUCACAAGGUUUUGAAAUCGACGAUUUGGAAUCGUUGUCGUUCAUCUAUGUGCCGAACGCUAGUUGGAAAAUGUUUGUGCCUCCCCUCCCUCAACACCGUGAAUACAAAGAUGGUUGGGCAUUGUUGGCCGAUAUCAUACUCCGUCUACCGUUAUCCAUGUUUAUGAAUCUGGUACGACUCCCCUACAUCGUACCCAACCUCGAACUAUACUUGGACCACCCUGAAUCUUUGAUAUACAAGCGGAAGUAUGUGUUCAGUAUUUUUGAGGUGGUGAAACGACUAGCCUACAUUGGGUUAGUUCAGCUGGGGCCUCAGAACCUCAAAGAAAAGGAUCACGUUUAUCUGUAUCUAAACAAAAAUGGGUUGUUGUUGGAUACGAAAAUCUCUCGCCCUGGCUAUCACAAAGUCUCCGAAGAUAUCACCUACGAUGAGAUCAGGUAUUACUUUGAGGAAAUUGUUGAAGUGGAACGGUACUGGUUGGAUAUGUGGAAGAUAUGUAUGCACACAAAGUUGGGAAAUCGUUCUUGUGUGGUUGGCACAGAUUUGAUAUUAGAAAAUAUCCAGGAUAAGCCAGAUAUGGUCAGUAUUUUGUUGGCGAAAACCAGGGAAGAGGUAGUGGAGAAAGAUGUGGGGUACCUCCCGGGGGACAAGUUGGGAGCAGCCGGGUUUGAUUCGGCGUUAUUUUCACAUCUGAAACGAAACUGGGCGUUUAAGCCGUUCCCCAAAACAAGGUUGAAACCCGUGUUGACGAUUCCUGAUAAACCCGACCAAAAACUGAGGAAACCGUUCAAGUUUGCCGAAGGCAGAAAUCAGAUGGUGUACUCAUUGCUGGCGAAGCGGAGGAAGAAUGUAGUGGUGUCCACUAGGAAACCGGUCACCACUAGUAAGAGUAAUGCAGUUAAUAGGAAACCGGUUGCCACCACAGUUAACAGGAAACAGGUUACCAAGAUUAGUACCGUUAACAGGAAACAGGUAUUGUCGCACAAACCACGAGUGACGGUGCGCCAUGUGAAACCGCGACCUGUGAAGCAACGUCGCCCGUUCUACGAUCAAAUCGAUCGUGAAGCGUUGAAACGUAUGAACAAGUUGAGAGUCGAUUGGUCGAAAGCUGAAGAUAAGCUGUUACUUCUAUGUAAAGUUGUGCAAUCAAUGAUAUCACCCCAGAUAAAAUCGGGGAUACUAGGUAACAUGUACAUAUCGUUCCGCGAAAUCCUCCACAAAACGUUCCCGAACUCGAGGAACAAAACGUCGCGCGCAUGUCAGAGACGCAUCAACUACAUGCUGCGUUCCCAGAGCACCUGUCAUAGUUUGAAUCUGUGCAUAGAAGAGCUACGUCACGAUCCCCACAUCAUGGAAACCUACGGGGAUUUGUUUGAGAAACUGAAAACCAAGUACGAGAACAAACAUGGGGUGAUCGAAAACAAAGCGAAAUUGGUCGCUGAGUGGAACAUGCACUUCAAAGAUUUGUUCGAAAUUCUCGCGAAACGAUUUGAAGAUUUCUCGAUAAUGUCCUUGUCAAGUGAGACACUAACCAUUCCUGACACCAUUGAAGAGUUCUAUGCAAACUACAACGUGAUUGAACCUACAAAGAAAGUGAAAACCAAACAUGGAUUCAACCCUGUGGAAAAUGUGAACGACAUAUAUUCUUCCGUGAUAAACUCAACAAUCCAUAGCGCACUCUGUUCUACCUCGGAUAAAACGUCAUGGUCCUACCAUCUCUUCAGUAUCUACCAACAGUAUCCCGAGCGGCUUCUCCGGUCCGCAUUGGCGAAAAUGAGGACCAGUCAGAUGGUGUCGUUGAAACGAGCCUGGUCUCGCACUAAAAUGCGGUCGGGCAACUAUCUCCCUCUAACAGCCUCGCCGUACCGUCUCUCCAUCUCCUACAUCAACCUGAUGACGGCUAAAUACACAUCUGAUAUUUUCCCUGAAAGUUACGAGCUUCUAAAAUCGAUUGUGCAAUCUGGAAGGUUGGACUUGCAAGUUACUAGUGGUGGCAUAGCGGCGGGGGUAGUGAGGCUGCUAACUGAUGGAUGGGUUGAUUUUCAAAUCGGGAUUCCAGAUCAGGUGAUUGUGCUGAAUCCUAACAUCCAGGAGAAAGAUGAGGCGUACACGCGCUUAAUGAACCGAUACCAGGAGAUUUUGUCCAGCUACAAGCAGCAAAUACUGACCACGUCAUGUUUGUUUCAGAAAGAAAACUACCCAGCUAUUGAAGAUGGAAAGAUUACGGAGGAAGACAGCAAGGAAUCUUCAAACAACAACACAAUCGCAAGAACGGCUAGUAGGUUAGCCUUGUUCCUAGUGAAAGAUUCAGAAGAGACAGAUGAUAUGGUGCCUCUAGAUAUCCAACAUGUCCACGAUUUUUUCGUGGUGAAUUCUUGCACAGUUGUGUCAAACCUACGAUCAAAUCUAACCGAAGAUCAGUUGAGAAUGGUUACUGACAUGCGAGAUGUACAUACCUUCCAGAAACAACUGAGAGAAACCGUGGUUUACCCAGCUAACCUGAAUGUAAACGAGGUUUUGAACGAGAAUUUCACCGGGGACAGACUUGAUAGAGCUGUAAAACUGUUGGAGUCGGCUAAAUCAGAAGGUAAUCUAGGGUUGAAGUGUGGGAAGAUCGUGGAAGAGUUCGGGAAUGACUGGGAAGUGAAAGAGAUUCUGGAUGAACUUUGUAGGUUGAAGUUGUUAGUGUGUACAGGGUUGGUGAGUACUACCUAUGUACAUCACCAACAUGCCAGGCCGUGGUUGGUGCAUACAUACUCCAACAAACGGAAAGAGAAAGAUAGUAGAGUGCCGAUGAUUGGAGGUGUGUUGGAAUUGGGGAAAGAAGGAGAUGUGGAAGAGAGAGGAAACGAGGAGACAAGGGUAGUUGAGAGAGAGGGAACGAGGGUAGUUUUAGAGGAACAUGUGGAAGGAGUCGUUCAAGACGAGAAAAAAGAGGAAUUUGUUGAGGUGCAGGGAGAUUUCAGAGAGAAGUCUACAUCAGAAGACAAAAAAUCUUAUGUUGAAUGUGAUUUGAUAGUUUUAGAGAAAGAAGGAGAAGGAGAGGAGAAAGUAUGCGUUGUUGAUGUGGUGGAACCGGGAAGUAGAAAGAGAAACAAGAGUGUUGAUGAUGUGAUGGAAGUUGAUUGUGAGAGGAGGAUGGGAGGAGAGGAAGGAAUGGAAGGAGAGAAAGAAAUAGAAGAGGAGAAAGGAAUAGAAGAGGAGAAUAUAGAUGGAAAUUCUCUUAGAGAAAGUGUACUAGCAGAAGAGGAGAUGUGUGUGGGAAAAGAGAAGGAACUAGAGAAGGAUGAUGAAAAAAAAUGUAAUAAAGACAUGGGAAAGAAAAGUGUACUUGUAGAUUACUCUGAGAAAGAAGGAAAAAAUCGUGAAGUAGAGGAAGAAGAAUUCGGGGAGAAGAAUAUUUUUGAAGGCUCCACAAAACAAAAAGAGAGAGAGAACAUGGGAGAGAGUGGUAAAGGUUUGGGAGAAGAAGAGAAAAUAGAUAAAGAUGGUUCGAAAGAAAGAGGUUUAGUACAAGGAUGUACAGGAGAAUUGGGAGGAAAGAGUGUAGUGCAAGGCUUUUCUAGUCAAGUAGUCUCAGUAGAAGAUGGCAACAAUCAAGAAUUAGAAAAAAGUUUGGAGGAAACUGAAGAAGGUGUAAGCUGUUCUAGAAAGGAAGGAUUUACAGGAGGCAAAGAACACUGUGAUACGUUUCAAGGUUCUUCUGUGGAAAGUGUUCAAGGAUUAAAACAUGUUAAUGUUGCAGAAAAAGGUUCUUGUGUGAAAAUUAAUCAACAAUUGAAGCAAACUAAUUUCACAGGAGAAAAGAGAUUAUUUUCCUUUGUGAAACGUGAUCAAAAACUGAAACAAACUAACUCAGAUAAAGGUUUGUUUAUGGACCGGUUCAAAGUUGUAAAUUAUGGUGCAAGCACUUCUAAAAAUGUGGUAUGUCUGCCAAAAGAUGAAAAUAUGAGGGAGAAACGUUUCAAAGAAGUAAAUUAUGGUGCAAGUACUUCUAAAGAUGUAGUAUGUCUUUCAGAAGAAGAUGAAGAUAUGAAGGAGAAACGUUUCAAAGAAGUGAAUUAUGGUGCAAGUACUUCUAAAGGUGUGUUAUGUCUGCCCGAAGAUGAAAAUAUGGAGGAGAAACGUUUCAAAGAAGUAAAUUAUGGUGCAAGCACUUCUAAAGAUGUCGUAUGUCUUUCAGAAGAAGAUGAAGAUAUGGAGGAGAAACGUUUCAAAGAAGUAGGUUAUGUUGCAAGUACUUCCAAAGAUGUCGUAUGUCACUCAGAAGAAGAUGAAAAUAUGGAGGACGAAAUGAAGAACUGGGAGAGUGGAGAAGAACGGGAUCAUAGUGAAAGUGAAACCGGGAUUUCUAGUUGUAAUAAAAGUGUACGAUUUUAUAAAAAUGGUGGGGUAACGGCAAAGUCACCCUCCUCGGAGAACCCAGUUCUGAACGAACCCGCCAAAAGUGGAAAGGACACAGACCUUAGAAACCUCUCGCAACCGAUCAAGGUGCUUAUACGUCCUUGGAUCAGGGUUGACGGCACAGUUAACCGAAGAAGUUUGGACCACUUUUUGUCCACGGUUCUAAGCCAUAUCAUGCAGCAUCCUUUAUCCACAUUGUCUGAACUUCAGAACAGAUUUUUGCCAGCUUUACAGCCUCAACACACUAGAGAACUCGCAGAGUUCUUGGAGAAACUGAAGUGUGUAGAGAGUUUUGUGUGUGUAAAAUCUGGGAAACCGAGUUUGUUUUCUAAGCCGUGUCAAGUGGUUGUCAAGAAAGCGACUGGUCUGGAGGCGCCCUCUGAAAUACGGCUUGAAGCUAACAAGGACGCCAUUGUUAAUUUGGGGAAGUUGAUUAGUACUAAAAAGUACGACGAAGGGCUUCUUACACUUCUAGUCGAUAAGUAAACGUCUUGUUGUCAUUAAAAUUAGAUUUUGAUAGUAAUCUACCACUUGAUUACUAAGGCCCGGUUGCUCAACAGCCGGUUAAAUUUUAACAGUGAUUAAUUCCACGAGAACCAAUCAGAGAA